CAGUCCAGAAACUACACGAGAGCGCGCGAACAGCGACCAGCAGCAAAAGUUACAUGCUGCAGGAAGUAGCUAAAAGCUAAUGCACGCCUUUGUGUAUUUAAGCCGAAUAUACGAGUAUAUGGUGCGCUGCGGGGGUAAUUAUUACUAAACAUGGAGUCAGACGACGAUGACAAAGAGCUUCCAGACCACCCCGUCUUGCAAAGGUUUCUGGGUAUGUUUGAUGGAAAUCCCGGUUUUCAACGGAUAUUAAGACUUGGGCUUCGUGUAGCUGAACUAGAAUCAAAAGAGGAGAUUUACGAAGUACAGGACGUUUCCCAACUACCCAUGCACCCCAGUGAAUACCUUAAGGCAACUAACUGGAGCAGUGAUGGUAGAUUUAUUGGGAAAUAUACAAGACAGUCCAGCGUUGCCAAUCGAGUGCCUUACUUCACUACAAACACAGAACUUCCUCCCCCAGCCUCUGUGGAGGAUCAGACCAAGGAGAGGGAUCCUGAAAAAACAGGCCGAUUAUUACAAGAGGCGAAACAAUACGCCUCAAAGGCUGAGAGGAAACGGCUCAAGAAACAGAAACAGAAGGAGAAAAAACAGCAAGGGAAGUUGGAUAAAGAAAAGCCGAGCCCCGGGACAAAUGAAGAUGGAGAAGACGGUGCAUGUAAAACAGAGAGUAAACAACUUAAUUGUGAAUCAAACAAUAGCAGUUCCAGUGAUAGACAGCUGGCGUCAGCAAAAGAUACAGACAGCAGUGACGGAAGUAAAGAGGAAUCCAGCGAUCGAGACACCGAGGAUGACUCUGGCAGCGUUGAGGAGCUGGACAUGGCAAGUUUAUUUGUGAGCAAAGCUGCGGAUAUAGCCAGACGUAAAAUGGAGCAGAAGAGGGAGAAAAAGCAAAGCCCUGUUAAAGAAGACUCUAAAAGCAGCCCGGGCAAAACUGAAGACUCAGUGAUUGAUAAGAAGGAUUCUGUCGCUACCAGCAGCCUUACUUUUGAAGAUAACAUUAAAAUAAGUACCGACCUUGCAAAUUCAGGAAACAGGUUUGCCAGCACUGGAGACUAUAGUAUGGCUGUGAUGUAUUUCACUGACGCAAUCAAGUUCAACCCUACAGAGUUUAAGUUGUUUGGCAAUCGGUCCUUCUGUUUCGAAAAGAUGCAGGAAUACGAGAAGGCGCUGGCGGACGCCGAGUUGUCUCUCAGCAUGUGUCCAGGCUGGGUUAAAGGUCUGUUUAGGAAAGGCAGAGCUCUGGCAGGACUGAAGAGGUACGAUGAGGCGUCUCAGGCCUUCAGGGAUGUUCUCCAACUGAAAGAAGAGCAGAGUAAGGAAUAUGCAGAGGCUGCCCAUGAACUGAUGCGGGUGCAGAUAACACAGCUAAUGGGGUUUGGAUUCACUCGGGAGCAGAGCUCAAAUGCUUUAAUUCUAAACGGGACUGUUGAAAAAGCACUAAAGGUUCUGUCCAAAUUAAACAAUCGACCUGGGCCUGUUCAAAAUGGCGCUCACCCAGCAGCUAGAUUAGUAAACGUUGGUGGAGUUUCUCCCGUCCUGUCUGCCAUAAAGCCCGCCCCUCAUCCCCCUCAGUCCCACAAUGCACCAAAACCUCCACACCUGAACAAACCUUUAGUGCCUGUCCAGAAUAUGUCAAAUGUCAAGAGCCAACCACAACCUGUUCUUAACCAGGCUCCAAGGACCUACAGUACAGACCCUCGCCAACCACAUGAGCUGUUUCCUAUUUGGGUGGGGAACCUGUUUGAACCUCUAACUGAGUCUGAUUUAAAACACCUGUUUAACAAGGCUGGAGUCAUCCAUAGUGUCAAGCUCCUGUCUUACAAACGCUGUGCCUUUGUGAACUAUACAAAGCAAGAGUAUUGUGAUGAAGCAAUCCGACGCUUUCAUGGCUUCGAUCUGAACGGUGCCAAGAUCGCCGUGAGAUACCCGGACAGGAUUCCUCAUGGCAUAGGCAUUUCCAAAUCUGCCAUCAAAGCUGAAGACAUGGAGGAUGUGUACACAGGGUACGAGUAUGGGAGAAAUGCAGUCGGAGGUGGAAGACCGUUUCGUUCCUACAGACACGCCCCUGAAUACAGAGGAAACUAUCAGUACUGAGAGGGAACAGGACGUCCUUUUGAAUAAAAGCUCAUAAUCGUAUACUGCCAAUUAAGUUUGUUUAAUGAUUCAUAUGUACCGGGCUUUAAACCUUUGGUCCUUUUAGAACGGCGAGUACUUGACCUGGACCACAGAAACCAAUGCUUUUAAGAAGGGACGUCAGUGGUAUUCAAAGAAACGACUCCCGAUGAUCUUAUCAAGGGUUUUGUUUACAUUUUUAAAGGGAAACCUGAUAUUUAGAAUUUUACAUAAGAUACUGAUUUUACUUUUUUUUUUUUAAGCUAAUAGCUGCCAAAAGUAGGACAGAUCCACAAGAGGGUCAUUGUUAAAGUGUUCUCUGGGUUUGAUUAUAUUUGUCAGUAUAAAGGGGAAAAAAACAUAUAAAUACCAUAUUAUAACAUAUUACACUUUAUACUGAGAGUUGAUUUAAAAAUACUGUAUUACACCAGGACCGAGGCUCUAAUGUCUGAAAGUAAUGGCAGAUCUGGUUGUACAUUAAAUACUGAAAAAGAAGAAAGGGGAAUCAUCUGUUUAUGGAUUCAAAGUUUAACAUUUGCAUUUCUGGUCUGUGUAAACUUUAAAAAUAAGAUAAUGCAACCUCCUCACAAAUGAUCUGAAUAACUUGUUUACUCUUCAUACUG